AUGACCCUGUGGAACGGCGUACUGCCUUUUUACCCCCAGCCCCGGCAUGCCGCAGGCUUCAGCGUUCCACUGCUCAUCGUUAUUCUAGUGUUUUUGGCUCUAGCAGCAAGCUUCCUGCUCAUCUUGCCGGGGAUCCGUGGCCACUCGCGCUGGUUUUGGUUGGUGAGAGUUCUUCUCAGUCUGUUCAUAGGCGCAGAAAUUGUGGCUGUGCACUUCAGUGCAGAAUGGUUCGUGGGUAGAGUGAACACCAACACAUCCUACAAAGCCUUCAGCGCAGCGCGCGUUACAGCCCGUGUCGGUCUGCUCGUGGGCCUGGAGGGCAUUAAUAUUACACUCACAGGGACCCCAGUGCAUCAGCUGAACGAGACCAUUGACUACAACGAGCAGUUCACCUGGCGUCUGAAAGAGAAUUACGCCGCGGAGUACGCGAACGCACUGGAGAAGGGGCUGCCGGACCCAGUGCUCUACCUGGCGGAGAAGUUCACACCGAGUAGCCCUUGCGGCCUGUACCACCAGUACCACCUGGCGGGACACUACGCCUCGGCCACGCUAUGGGUGGCGUUCUGCUUCUGGCUCCUCUCCAACGUGCUGCUCUCCACGCCGGCCCCGCUCUACGGAGGCCUAGCACUGCUGACCACCGGAGCCUUCGCGCUCUUCGGGGUCUUCGCCUUGGCCUCCAUCUCCAGCGUGCCGCUCUGCCCGCUCCGCCUAGGCUCCUCCGCGCUCACCACUCAGUAUGGCGCCGCCUUCUGGGUCACGCUGGCAACCGGCGUCCUGUGCCUCUUCCUCGGAGGGGCCGUGGUGAGUCUCCACUAUGUUCGGCCCAGCGCUCUUCGCACCCUUCUGGACCAAAGCGCCAAGGACUGCAGCCAGGAGAGAGGGGGCUCACCUCUUAUCCUCGGCGACCCACUGCACAAGCAGGCCGCUCUCCCGGACUUAAAAUGUAUCACCACUAACCUGUGAGGGGGACCCAAUCUGGAUUCCUUCCCCGCCUUGGGACAUCGCAGGACGGGAAGCAGUGCCCGCCAGGCCUGGGCCAGGAGAGCUCCAGGAAGGGCACUGAGCGCUGCUGGCGCGAGGCCUCGGACAUCCGCAGGCACCAGGGAAAGUCUCCUGGGGCGAGCUGUAAAUAAACUUUUUUUCUUUUGUUUUUUAAAAA